UAUUAUAGAUCGCGAGAAACAGAUGAUAAUUAGCUCGAGGGAUUUGCACGAGUCGUUCGUCGAGCCUCUCGAAUUGGUCGACGAUUCCGACAAGGAUAUAAGGGUGAGGCUCGGGAGAAGUUUGAAAAGCGUGGAAAUUUCGGGGAAAUCUCGCGAAAUUUCACGCGGAGACGGAUCCGGUCCCGCGGAGUGGUCGGUGGUCAAUGGUUCCAACGGCGCGAGGAUCUCGGCCGCGAUCGAGAAACCCGCGGACGCGGGAUUAUUCGCGCCAUCGCGCUCGGACCGAGGCGUGGAGGGAACGUUCGAUCGCAAGGACGAAGGUAGGGUGAAGAGGCAAAUCUCCCUUCCUUACGAGGCGUAUUACGACGAAGUGAAUCAACGAGCGAAUCCCGAUGAUUCGUCCGAGAUGAUGUACUACAACAAUCGGUAUUUGAAAAACGAGGAGAACCACAAUUUCCAACCGAUUUUGAACCCGUACGAGAAUAUAGGCGGCAACAAGCUCGCCGGCAUCAAGGGCCUCGAGUUGACCAAGGAGGAAGCGGACGAUUACAACAACCGAAUGUCUAGGAACAAGGAUCCCGCGAAACAGAAAAAGAAACACGCCAAGAAGAAGCACAACAACAACAACAACAAGAAUAACAACAAGUUGAAGAAGAAGAGGAAGAAAAUUCGCAAGAGCAAGCCUAGCAAGAAGACGCGUAGGAAGCGGAGGCAUCACAAAAAGCAGCCCAAGAUAAAAGAUCGCGACAAGAAGAGGAAAAAGAGCAUGAAGAAUCGUCACAACGUUAAGAAACUUAAGAUUGAUCAGAGCGAGGACGAUAAAUUAUUUCAUGAGCAGAGGAAACGGCAUCACGGCAAAGGAAGGAAGAACACGAUGAACUCGAUCAACGAUAUCCAGAGAAGAAAGAUCAACAUGUUUUUGGUAGCCGAUAAUAUGGAAGAUGAAUCGCAGAUGGAUUUGGCUGUUCAUGGUGAACUGGCAGGAAAGAUCGUGCAACAAAUUUUCGAACAGGUAUUUCUCCCUUUCUUUUUUCCUUUCCUUUCCUUUCCUUGGAUAAUUCUAUCCCAAUACGCGAUUCCUUAUAUUUCCAAAAUCGUCAGGUGCAAAAAAAUAAAGAUCUGAAGGUGU